AGUCCCGUGGGAGUAGGGUGCACAGCUCGGAGGAAGAGAGCCGAUCGGAUGGAGAAAAUGAAAAUGGCAGUGACAUCUUUGUAGGGCGCAGGGUUUUUUGGUUGGAAAGUAAGGGAGGAAAGGAGAAUAGGGCAAGAGGAGGAAGUACGUUAGAAAGACCAGAGAAGACACAGAAAGAAGCAACAGUAGGUUUAACGUGUCGCCAUGACAACAGAGGCAGGCUCCGAGACGGAGGUGAAGGAGAACGCGGAGGAAAAGUCAGCUGCCCGGCUCGACCAAUCAAAGAAGGCCACAGAGGAGACCCAGGAAGUGGUAGAGGAGGGUGAGACGGAGAAGGAGAAAGAGGGCAAAGGAAUUACUCGCUAUUUGCCAACAUGGUUUAAGAAGCAGAAGUCUCAAAGCCAGACCUCCCCAACCAAGGAGGACCCACCCACAGAGGAGCCUGUCAGUAAGGUGAAUCAAGAGGAGGCGCACGUCCCUGAAGUCAACGGUCACGCAGAGGAAGUGGAAGAGAAGGAGCAAGUGAAGGAAAAAGAAUCCGAGUCCCAUUCCAACGCCAGCGCUGACACAGAGCCCGCCGGGGAAGAAAAAGUGGAGGAGAGCGCCCAGAAAAGUCUCGGGAGCACAGAGGAGACUCAAGAAGUAGCUGAGAAGGAGGAAGACAAGAAGGAGGUAGAAAAGGACAGAGGCCAAGGCCAAACUUCCAUUUUCCAGUCACCGCUCCGUUUGGUGAGGAAGAACAAGAUGAAACUGGUGGUGUGCCACGUGACCCUGCUGGAUGGGUCGGACUUCACCUGCGAGGUUGAAAAACGUGCCAAGGGCCUGUUCUUAUUCUUCAAGGUGUGCGAGCAUCUUAAUCUCCUGGAGAAAGACUACUUUGGUCUAACUUACAAGGACCACCAUGAGCAGAAGUGUUGGUUGGAUCCCACCAAGGAAAUCAAAAGACAAAUUCGCAGUAACAACUGGCAAUUUGCAUUCAACGUCAAGUUUUACCCCCCCGACCCCUCACUGUUGUCUGAAGAUAUCACAAGGUACCUGUUGUGUCUGCAGCUACGUGAAGAUGUGGCAUCAGGUCGACUCCCCUGCUCGUUUGUCACUCACGCUCUGCUGGGCUCCUACACGCUGCAGGCAGAAAUUGGUGACUACGAACCCGACCAACCUCGUCCUCUGGACUACAUCAGCCAGCUGACUUUUGCCCCCAAUCAGAGCAAAGAGAUGGAGGAGAAGAUUCUGGAGCUCCACAAAUCCCACAAGGGAAUGACACCAGCACAGGCCGACUGCCAAUUUCUAGAAAAUGCCAAGAAGCUGUCCAUGUACGGGGUGGACCUGCACCACGCUAAGGACUGUGAGGGCGUGGACAUCAUGCUGGGAGUGUGUGCUAAUGGACUCCUGGUCUACAAGGACAGGCUGCGGAUAAAUCGCUUUGCCUGGCCCAAAAUACUCAAGAUCUCCUACAAGAGGAACAACUUUUACAUCAAGAUCAGACCUGGAGAGACGGAGCAGUUUGAGAGCACAGUGGGAUUCAAACUCCAGAAUCAUCGCUCGGCCAAAAGGCUGUGGAAGGUCUGCGUGGAGAAUCACAGUUUCUUCAGACUAAACGCUCCAGAACAACCUCCCAAGGCCCGUUUCCUGACUCUGGGCUCUAAGUUCCGUUACAGCGGACGCACACAGAAUCAAACGCGCAUGGCGAGCACCCUCAUAGACCGCCCGGCACCCGCUUUUGAACGCACCUCAUCGAAACGCAUCAGCCGUAGUUUAGACGGAGCUCCAAUGAUCAGCAUAACAGAUACCAGCAGGGAGGCUGAGAACGGACACGAACCUCAUCUGGAGCUCCACUCUGACUCCAAGGUUAAGGAGGCGGACUUGAGCCCUAGCAGUGUGGAAGCCACGCCCGCCCAGAGUCCAGGGAGAGUGCGGGGGGAUAAUAUUUAUGUGAGGCACAGUAAAUUGAUGUUAGAGGACCACGAUAAGACCCAAGAUGAGGUACUGAAACACCAGGCUAGCGUUAGCGAGCUAAAGCGCUCCUUUAUGGAGGCUUCGCCCCCCUCCCCUCCUCAGCUCAACCUGUGGGAGAAGCAUCUCACCUCGUCUCCGGCCACGGCGGCGCGUGUCCAACAGCAGACAGUGGUCCUUGAGGAGGAGGCCGCCAAGGCAGCUGAUAAUGGCGACGCCAAAGAACCCGCCAAGACGACGGAAGUUGAAAUUGAGGAAACAGUUGUCGUCGAAGAGAUUUCCAAAGCGGCCAAACCGGCAGAGAAGCUUCAGACUUUGGAAGGGCAAGUCCAAGGAGGCACGGGGCUUGAGAAGAAGCGCGAAAGCAUUUCGUCGGAGAGCGAGAGCGAUGAGGAAGCGGAGUAUCAUCCGAAUGUCUCCCUGUCUAUUCGCCACGCUCAAAUACCUGAGGAGAAAGAGGAGGAGGAAGAAGAGCAGGAGCGGAAGGAACUUUCCGCUUCUUCCUCUCCUGUUGAGGUGAAUCAGGCUGCAGCAGCCGUAGAAGAUGAAGGCAAGGAAUGUGCAGAGGAGGAGAAGAAUGAAGUUGGCGCAGAAGAACCAAUUAAGACGCCCGACAAAGCUCCUAAUGGAAUGACGCCGCAUGAAGAGGUGAUGUGUGUUACCACUAAGGAAGAAGAGCUGCCCAAAGUGAACGGGGAAGACUCGGUGGUGGAGGCGCGGUCGCAGGUUAUUUGUUGCUCUGAGCCACCUGUGGUAAAGACAGAAAUGGUGACAAUAUCAGACACGUUUGCGGCGCAGAAAAGCGAGAUAGCCACCAAGGAAGUGCCCAUCGUACAUACGGAAACCAAGACCAUCACAUACGAAGCCGCACAGCUUGAUGGAAGUGGCGACGGCGAGCCCGGAGUGUUGAUGACAGCUCAGACAAUCACCUCAGAGUCUCUGUGCACCACCACCACCACGCACAUUACCAAGACAUUAAAGGGCGGCCUGUCAGAGACGAGGAUUGAGAAGCGCAUCGUCAUCACCGGCGACUGCGACAUCGACCACGACCAGGCUCUGGCCCAGGCCAUUAAGGAGGCCAAAGAGCAACAUCCUGACAUGUCUGUCACCAGAGUGGUGGUUCAUAAAGAAACUGAACUGGCCGAGGAGGACGAUUGACACAACUCAGAGCUGAAGAGCCCAUCCUGAAGGACGACCAUCAUCAUCAUCAUCAUGACAAAAGCGAGAGAGAGAGAGAGAGCGCGCCUCCUCCAAGACGUCGUUCUCUCUAAAACAAAAUCAAAUAAUGACAACACGCUGACGGAGCGGGAAAAACACUUCUGUUAGCUAACAUUUAUAGUGUUUUUAAAGUGUUUACCAAAAGAGACAAUACUCAUGUACAAGCUGAAUAAGCAAGAUAAAUGAUUACCAUCAUUGUUCCCACACACUGUCAUGUAGCGCCAUCUUCAGACGCGUUGCUUUGCUCUUAGCAUCCUCCCUCCUUGUGACGAUACUGCAGUCAAAUGUACAGUACAGUACAGUACUAGCCAAACAACCAUUAUCACUCACUCACGGUACCAACCACUCAUUCUUCAAGCUUCUCUUUUCGUUCUUCUUCUGCUCCUCUUCUACAUUCGUGUGUUCACAGCAUUUCAAACUAGAUUUUUGUACUAAAUGGGCAUGAUUUGACGCUACAAAUGGUAUGUGUAGUUCCUGUUCCUAUGCAGACAGGCAAGGGAGCACAUUUUUAUUUAGGAGAGUUAAAUGUUUGCGAGGUGGCUUUUUGGCGCUGUUUGAACCCUCCCGGUGGUUUUACACAGACACAAAAUGCUGAAGUUGAUAUGAAAAGACAACAUGGAGGUGAGGUGAAUGUGACAGGAUGCGUAGAGAACACAUGGCUCAUUUUGUUUUCUUAUUGAGUAAAUGUUUAAUUUCUUAAAUAUUCCACGCCACAAAAGUACAGCUGAUAAGUGACAUGUCACGGUGCUUAGGUGACACUUAUGACGGAGACUACCUUUUAACUUUUUCUCUGGGAGUUUUGUGCUCUUCUGUCUCUCCCGUCUUUUCUCUCAUUUACAAAUGGAAAUAUUGGCAAGUACCUUACAGUGGACAGUCGGUUCAUAUUUGCAUUUGAACAUUGAUCGGGGGAAAUUCUGGUCUUUCUGGUGGAAAUUAUUGAAAGGUGGAAACAUUUUCUAGGGGUGUCCCGAUCCAUUACUGAAAUUUAAUAUCGCUGAGGUAUCAGCAAAAAACAAUUAUGGGAGUAUAUGCGCUUGCAUAACUGUGGUACAAUCUUUGAUACAAGCAUUCCUGCAGCGUGUUUACUUGUUUACAGUUAACAUCUAAACAUGCUACAAUAAGCACACAAGGUUGUUCUUUUCUUUUAUUUUAGUCAAGUCAUUUACAAAAGGUAAACAUGGUAGGCUACAGGCUGCUAGGACCUAGCAGCUACACAACAGCUAAGCACACAAUACCACACAAGCUAGACAUAUGUAAUAAGUGUCCUUAAUUGAACAAUAUUGCAGUCUAAAAGAGCACAUUUGUCAAUAUAAACAAGUAUCAAAUAAUUGUACUUACAUAUUACUUACACAGAAGUUUAUUAGAAAGUAUCCAGUAACAAACGUGUCUGCAUCAUUCAGCUUACUGCGUCAGGAGCUUCAUUUAAUGAAUUACUGUGACCACUGGGCGUCAAAAUAUCACUCCACUUCAACUUAGAGAAAGCAUACGUCCAUUUCUGAUGGUCAAUAUUAAAUAGAUGAGUGUUUUUCGUACCUACUAUUCAUUGUUCUUUGACUAAUUUCACUUUAGCAAACAUUUUUUUUAACAUUUCACAGUACAAAAUAAUUAAAGUAUGUUGAUAUCGUAUCGUAUCGAAUCAAUCUGCCAAUACUCAAGGCUCCAAUAUCAGUAUCGGAACUGAAAAAGUUGUAUUGGGAAACCCUUAGAAUUGUCCUUUGCUUUCCAGAAAAUGUCUCUUUGAAAUGCAAAUAUUGUCAGGUAUGAGAAUUGUGAUGUCAUUUAAAAAAAAAAAUCAGCCUGUUUUAGGUUUGACGGUGCUGCUUUUUACACACAACAAGGGGCAGUGAAGGCAGCAUUGAAAGGGUGAAAGAUGCACAUAAUCGUGAUUAGCACUAAGAUAAAUAUGAACAAUUUAAAAAACGACACAACAUUCCGUGUCUAUAGAUUGAACCACACUGUCCUGUCUUGACUGGAGUAUAAAUAUUUGAAUUGGAUUUGUUUUGAGUACACUUUUAAAAAUAAUUUUUUGAACCCCAAGUGUGUUCUUAUUGUUUCUGUAUUCAACAUUUGCAUUGCAAUGACAUUCCACUUUGAUCUUCUGGCUAAGAAGAUUUUUUAAAUAAAUAAGAAAACAUGUUGCAUAAUACGUCACAUGCUGUAGAGGUAUGUUGCCCAGUCUAUUCUUCUGUAAAACUAAGAUUUUGUCUUUGAUGUUUGUUUUUUAAUGAACACCAUUCACCAGCUUCUUAGCUGUCUUUUAGAAAUUAGGAGUAGUGGGACUGCCUAUCUAAAGCUUUCCUGGUGGUCCUGGUAAAUGUACGUGUGAAUUUACCAGGAUUUCUCAAAUCAAGGCAGCUCUGCAAAGUCACAAAUGCUGCCUUUAAAAAAAAAUCAUCUGUAAAAUGCAAUUUAUUGUCAACAACAAAACCAGCUUGCAGCAUCGUUUUGUAUUUUCACACUUGCAAGAAAACAUGAGAAUGUUGUGAAAGUCCACCAGCUGCCCCACUGCUCCACAGUAGCCCACCUGUGUCCACACUAGGUUUCUUUCUAGACAUUUCAUUGUCCUGUAUUACACAAAGCAACUCUUUCCCUGUGUAACACUUUCAAUAAAGGAUUGUAAUACUCUU